GGUAGUACGGGAUUGGGCAUAGAAAAUCCACGUCUUCUUCUUAUUCUCUCCACUCCUUCUGCAACACAACAGAUUACAGAUCUCUCUCUCUCUCUCCCGAUUCCAAUUUGAAUUUCUCAGAUCUAUUCGACGUCGUUGCACCGUGAUGGCUGGCUUCAGCGGUGAUGAAACUGCACCGUUUUUCGGCUUCCUUGGAGCCGCAGCUGCCCUUGUCUUCUCCUGUAUGGGAGCUGCGUAUGGCACAGCAAAGAGUGGUGUGGGAGUGGCUUCCAUGGGUGUGAUGAGACCGGAGUUGGUGAUGAAGUCUAUUGUUCCUGUUGUCAUGGCUGGAGUUUUGGGUAUUUAUGGCCUUAUUAUUGCGGUCAUCAUUAGUACCGGUAUUAACCCAAAGGCCAAAUCUUAUUAUCUCUUUGAUGGCUAUGCACAUCUCUCCUCUGGUCUUGCCUGUGGCUUGGCUGGACUCUCCGCUGGCAUGGCUAUUGGUAUAGUUGGCGAUGCUGGUGUUAGAGCCAAUGCACAACAGCCAAAACUUUUUGUUGGAAUGAUCCUCAUUCUCAUCUUUGCUGAAGCUCUUGCCCUUUAUGGUCUCAUUGUUGGUAUUAUAUUGUCUUCUCGUGCUGGCCAGUCUAGAGCUGAGUAAGAAAGGAGCUCUGCCGCAAAAUAUUCUUUCACCACCCAUCUGUUCAAUCUUCCUUAUAAAGGUGAUGCAGUAAAUUAUUAGUGGAUGCGAUGUUAGUGAUGUUCGAGCAGCAUUUGCAGGCUAUAACAGUUACUUGUGUGAAAGUUCAAUCCACCAUUUCUGGUGUUUCUUUGUACAAGUAGGUCGAUCUUUGCUUAAUAAAGCUUCAUUAAGCUUCCUCUUUUGUUCUUUAUUAAUUAAAUGUAUUAUGUCACAACAUCUCGGAGAUUAUAUAUAUUUUUGGAUGCUGGAACUAGUGCAUGUAUGUUUUGGCUAGAAAUGGAACAUAUUUUGUGAGUCCUUCCA